GUGUACGUUAGCUAGGCGCGGCUGUGCUUGAAGGUCGCAGUAGUAUAAUUACCUGAUGAUCCGGGCCGGGCGGCAAAUCCACUACUCCAGAGCUCCAGAAACUCCAUCUCAAGGUGCCCUUGCUGUUUCUCCAAAGCACAACACACCAGCAGCGCGCAUCCAUGGCGUCUAACAAUAAUCAGGCGACGAUACGACACUUUGCCGACCCCCACCCGCUUGGGCAGACGCAGUACCGCCAUGACGAGGCUGGUCUGUGCAACAUCUGCCUGCUCAAACUCGGCGGGCUCCGCAGUCGUCUCACCUACGGCUGCUACACCUGCAACAUCCACCUCCACAGCGCGUGCGCCCGUUACUUCCCGGAGACCAUCUCCUUCUUCGCGCAUCCGGCGCACACCCUGAAUCUCAGGCGCAGCCCUGCUGGUGGACGGGUGUGCGAAAUCUGCAGAGGGGACUGCCCCCCUCAAGGGAGCUUCGUGUACAGCUGCACCGCCGGCUGCGGCUUCGACGUGCACCCUCUCUGCUCGAUGCUCCCAGAGAGCGUUGCUAGCCCUUUGGACCCAAGCCAUCAGCUCUGCAUAUUCUCGUCAGAGUCGCCCGGGAGCGGGAGCUGCUCGGCCUGCCACCAUCCUUUACCCAGGUGGCACUACAUCGGCUCUUCCCUCAAACUACACAUCGCGUGUGCCACCGGUGCCGCCGGCCAGGGUAGCAAUAGCAACGGCGGCGGCCAUGCUGCCGUCGUCCAGCAAGGUAGCCAAUAUGGCACUGUUAGGCAGCGCAGCUUAUUUGGUGCCCCUGCUCCCGGCCCUGCAGGCUACAACUACAACCCGGUCAUCCAGGGCUACGGCCAGGCGGGCAGCUACUACUACGUCCAUCCCAUCCAUGGCAAUGGCAUCUACUACUACGGCGGCCCUGCUAUGCCCAGCGGCGGCGGCUACUACGGUGCUAGCGGCGGUGGACAGCAGAGCAUUUUCCAGAACCCGAGCAACCUGAUGAGUGGCAUAGCCAGGUUUCUCUUCAGCGCCGCGAUCAGCGCGGCAGCCAGCGACCUGUUAUCCGAGCUUCUGUCCGCGAGCUUCAGCUGAAUUCCAUGUCUCAUAGCCAUGGCAUGCUGCCGCCGGUGUACUCUGCGCCGGCCCACGAUCCCAAUGAGUGUACACGUGUGCGUGCUGCAAGCUGCAGAUGAUCGGCACGUACUAAUAUACUCCCUCCAUCCCAAAUUGUAAGUCAUUCUAAAAAUCUUGGAGAGUCAAACUUUUCUAAGUUUGAC